UAUUAACUAAAAUAUAUAAUAACUUAUUAUUAUAUCAACUGAUAAUUAAACUAAAAAUUAUUUUCUAAAAAUAUAUUCAAUACGAUAUAAAAAAUAAUUAAUAGUUUUGUUGCAAAUAUCACAUAAAAAACUUCUAAACAUAUAUUUUCUCACACACUAUCUGCAUAUAACUUAUACUUAUAUCCAUUGUGACCAACUCUUGCGGCGGUGAUCGUGUGGUGAUAAUUGGGAUCAACUGAUGGCAACUGCCAUUAAGAGACAACAAUCGAGACGAAGAUUAGCGGCCAUUACUUUCCUAUCGAAUAUAUCGCUGGACGGCACCCAUAGGGACACCAAAAUUGGUUUAGUGUUUAAUGUAGUCAACGGUAAUCACAGCUGUCAUGACAGUAAUGGCAUCGACACCGACGAGGACCAGGAGAACCAGGGGCUCACCAUCAAUGGCAACCAUCGAUUGCAUUCACGUUCAAAUACAUUGAAUUCACGCAAUCGCUCAUAUGAUGCCAAUAUCAGCCGACUUAGCCCUAAGGACAGGGAUCGCGGGGACAGGAAUUUGUGA